UGAGUUUUUGUUUUUCUUUUUCAGAUAUAUCAAAAUAUCUCCGACUAACGGUGGAUAAUGCAGUGAAGGGACGACAAUGAUUCUGAUAACUUCACCGACGGUGUCAUGUCUCCGUCACCGCCUCCACACUUCCCAAACCAAUCCGCCUCGCCUUUUCCGCCGGAGUAGAGAAAUCUCGACUGUCGAUCGGUGCUGCAAUCCAUGGCAGACAACAACCGAUUGUUUCAAAUUACGAACACGAAACAGUUCCUCGUUCCCGUGCUGUGCUCGCCGGAAACCGGAGACGGCGACGGUUGAGAUCGAAGAUGAUUCUAAACGGAGAAUCGUUCGGUAUCUUCUGUGGACUGCUGAAGCUGUGUAUAUACUAUGGCUCUUUCUUCUUCCCUAUGCUCCUGGAGAUCCAGUGUGGGCAAUUAGUUCAGAGACAGUGAAUUCUCUUUUGGGACUUUCUCUGAAUUUCUUCUUUGUCUUGCCUCUUUGACCGGAGCUACGGUGUGUCUGAUAUCAACAUUGUGGUCUCUCUAUGGUCGAGCAGAUGGAGAUUUCGGUGGAAUAAUGGACAGAUGGCAGUAUCUCAUUGGUUAUUUGGGAUCGGAGAGACUAGCUUACGCUUUUAUAUGGGAUAUAUGUCUGUAUACAAUCUUUCAGCCGUGGUUGAUUGGAGAGAACCUGCAAAAUGUGAAGAAGGGCAAGAUUGAGUUGGUGAGUUAUCUUAGGUUUGUUCCUGUUUUUGGUUUGCUUGCAUAUCUUUUGUUCCUCAAUCUCGAUGAUGAAGCAAUCUAAUAAGCAUACACAAUCAUGUAUUGUAUUAAAUUUAAUUAUAUUGUGCAAAAUCUGUUUGUAGCAAGAGUUGAAAAAAAACAGAGUUAACGAGAAAAUUGACAUUUGAUAUUUUUUUGUACUAUUAAGUACAAUUU